CAUUUAAGUACGCGUUGGGUUAGAAAAUCUAUCGUAAUCUUCAAAUUGGAGAUAAAUAAUUGAUCGUGGCGCCACAUUUGUUAUCCUUCAAACAGUUUUGAAAGGCUAAUGAAAGUCAUGAUAUUUCGAUAUUACAAGCAGCCUGGUGUAAGCAGAGGGGGUUUACUUGCAGCAGAGAGGAAGAUAAGAUUGGUGGUGGAAAAUUUAGACACAAUUCAGACAGAGUUAUGUUACUAUAUCCAAACUACUCAAGGUUUAGAAGCAGAUAAUAGAGAAAAGCUUGAAUGGAUUCUGUCUACACCAUUUCAAAAGAAGGGGUUGUCACAGGAGACAUCUUUACAAGACAAUGAAUCAUCAUUACUGAUCGAAAUAGGUCCAAGGUUAAACUUUUCUACACCCAUGUCUACAAAUGCAGUGUCUAUUUGUAAAUCAGUUGGUUUAUCAAAGGUAACAAGAAUUGAAUCAUCUGUACGAUACCUGAUCAGUUUCCAUGGUAACAAGCCUUCAGAUGAUCUAGAAGACAGACUGGUACACUGUUUGCAUGAUAAGAUGACACAGUGUAGAUAUUUGAAACCAGUCGAAACUUUUGAGCUUGACAUCAAUUCUGAGCCAGUCUAUGAUGUAGAUAUAAUAGGGAAAGGACGUUCUGCUUUAGAAAAAGCAAACAAAGACCUAGGUCUAGCUUUUGAUAACUGGGACCUUGAUUUCUAUACUAAACUGUUUGAGGAGAAAGUCAAGAGGAAUCCAACUAGUGUAGAAUGUUUUGACCUUGCACAAUCUAAUAGUGAGCACAGUCGUCACUGGUUUUUCCGUGGGAAGUUGAUAAUUGAUGAUAUAGAAGAGGAUGGUUCCCUGUUUAAGAUGAUCAUGGCAACACAGGAUCAUAGUAAUGGUAAUAAUGUCAUCAAGUUCAACGACAAUAGCAGUGGUAUACAAGGCUAUGAUGUGAUGGUGUUUAAACCUUCAGAUCCGGCAGCUCCAAGUAAAAUGAUAGAGAUGAAUAAAGAAAAGAGACAUAUCAUCUUUACUGCUGAAACUCACAAUUUUCCAACCGGGGUAGCCCCGUUUCCAGGGGCAACAACAGGGACAGGGGGUAGAAUCAGAGAUGUACAUUGUACAGGGAGAGGAGCACAUGUUGUGGCAGGAACUGCAGGGUACUGUUUUGGAAAUCUUAAUAUUCCAGGCUAUGCUCAACCCUGGGAAGACAGUUCUUUUGAAUACCCGACCAACUUUGCAUCACCAUUAGAGAUAGCUAUUGAAGCAAGUAAUGGGGCAUCAGACUACGGUAACAAGUUCGGAGAGCCGGUCCUUGCAGGGUUUGCACGAUCAUUUGGUAUGGAGGUGGUGCCAGGUGAUAGAAGAGAGUAUAUAAAACCCAUCAUGUUUAGUGGGGGAAUAGGUCAGCUGGAAGGCUCACAUGUUAACAAGCAAAUUCCAGUGAAAGGUAUGGAAGUUGCGAAAGUUGGUGGCCCAGUGUAUCGUAUUGGUGUAGGAGGUGGGGCAGCCUCUUCUGUACAAGUUCAAGGUGACAAUAAAUCGGAGUUGGAUUUUGGGGCCGUCCAGCGUGGUGAUGCUGAAAUGGAACAAAAACUGAACAGGUUAAUCAGAGCGUGUGUGGAGAUGGGAAAUGACAAUCCUAUAGCUAGUAUACAUGAUCAAGGGGCUGGCGGAAAUGGUAAUGUGUUAAAAGAGAUAGUAGAGCCAGCAGGUGCUGUUAUACGAGCUUCUGACUUCCAGCUAGGAGAUCCAACCAUCAGUAUCCUCGAGCUGUGGGGGGCCGAGUAUCAGGAGACCAAUGCUAUACUGCUGGCCAGAGAGCACAUGCAAGUAUUGGAGAAAGUUGGGCAGAGGGAACGCUGUCCUGUUUCAUUUGUUGGAACAGUUACAGGGGAUGGAAAGAUCUGUUUAGAAGAUUUUAAUAGAAAGGGAAAAGAAAAAGCUUCAGAUGUUAUAGGUAAUGCUGCAAAGAAACAGAAAUUGGAUGAUGGUAAAGUUGCUGAUGUGAACAGUGAUGACAGCUGUACAGCCAAUGAAAAAGUUGAUGAUGGUCAUGUGACUGAAAAAUCAGCCAAUGAUAUUUUGGCAAAUGGUCAUGAUUCUGACAAAACAACCAAUGGUGAUAUAGCAAAUGGUCAUGUGAUGAAUGGGGCAACCAAUGGUGAUUUAGCAAAUGGUCAUGUGAUAAAUGGGACAGCCAAUGGAGAGUGUUUUACAAAUGCAAGUGGGGACCACAGAAGAUACCCUGUAGACUUGGAACUAGAACAUGUUCUUGGUAAAAUGCCUCAAAAGGUCUUUCAUCUGAAACAUGAGCCAUUACCCCUACAGCCUAUGUGUAUAUCUCCAGACUUGAGUGUGAGAGAAGUUCUAGAACGUGUCCUCCGACUGCCUUCUGUAGCUAGCAAAAGAUACCUUACAAAUAAGGUAGAUAGAUGUGUAACAGGUCUGGUUGCCCAGCAACAGUGUGUUGGUCCCCUGCACAUACCUCUAGCAGAUGUUGCCGUAACAGCCCUGUCAUACAUGGAGAAACGUGGUUCAGCCACGUCCAUUGGAGAACAACCAAUCAAAGGCUUGAUAGACCCAGCAUGUGGAGCCAGGAUGGCUGUAGGAGAGGCUUUAACAAAUCUAGUCUUUGCUAAAGUGUCUGAUCUCAAAGAUGUGAAAUGUAGUGGUAACUGGAUGUGGUCGGCCAAGUUGCAGGGUGAGGGUGCUAAUCUAGUGGAUGCAUGUAAAGCCAUGUGUAAUGUGAUGGAGAGACUUGGUAUUGCAAUAGAUGGAGGGAAGGACUCUCUCAGCAUGGCUGCUCGAGUUGGUGAUAACACAGUUAAAGCUCCAGGUACUCUGGUGAUCUCAACGUAUGUGACUUGUCCAGAUAUCACACUGACCGUUACUCCAGAUCUCAAAACACCAGAUGGAAAAGGUUGUAUCUUGUAUGUUGAUAUAAGUGAUGGUAAAUGCCGCCUUGGUGGGACAGCAUUUGCUCAGUGUUACAAGCAGCUUGGUAACCAGUCACCUGAUCUUGAUCAUCCAGAAGUAUUGAAGUCAGUUUUCAACAUCACCCAGAAGCUUAUUGAAGAGAGAAAGAUUGUAUCUGGUCAUGAUAUAAGUGAUGGUGGAUUGAUAACAUGUAUACUAGAGAUGGCAUUUGCUGGAAACUGUGGCCUUGACAUUGAUAUGUCAUUUGAAUAUGGAAGUUUUAUAGAAGCUCUGUUCCAUGAAGAACUUGGAUUAGUUUUGGAAGUUAAAGAAGCAGAUGCUCAGUAUGUGGCUGAGGCAUUCACUGCAGAGAAUAUUUCUUGCAAUUUGAUUGGCCACUCUCUGAAAGGUGGCCCAGACUCUAUGAAUGACUUGACACUAUUAGGUUUUGCAGGCAAGAAGUGUCCCCGUGUGGCGGUACUUCGUGAAGAAGGUAGCAACAGUGACAGGGAGAUGGCGGCUGCACUAAAGAUGGGAGGGUUUGAGGUUUGGGACGUGAACAUGCAAGACCUGUGCUCUGGUAGUAUUACAUUGGACCGUUUCCAUGGUGUUGCUUUUGUUGGAGGUUUUAGCUAUGCAGAUGUUCUUGGUUCUGCUAAAGGUUGGGCAGCUACAGCUUUGUUCAAUCCAAGUAUCAGAGAUCAGUUUGCAGCAUUCAGACAGCGGGAAGAUACUUUUAGCUUCGGUGUUUGUAAUGGAUGCCAGCUGAUGGGAUUAUUGGGCUGGGUAUCCCCAGAUAAUGGAAACACUGGCAGUACAAGUCAAGGAUUGUUUCUUGAUCACAAUGAGUCAGAGAGAUUUGAGUGUAGAUUUGUCACUGUAAAGAUAUACGAUAGUCCAUCUAUAAUGUUGCGUGGAAUGGAGGAGACGGUCUUUGGUAUGUGGAGUGCUCAUGGAGAAGGUAAAAUGGUUUUCAAAAAUAACACAAUUUAUGAGAACCUGAAGACAAACAAAUUGAUUCCAGUAAGAUAUGUAAAUGAUGAAGGGGAGGCUACUACAAACUAUCCUUUUAACCCAAAUGGUUCUCCUGAUGGAGUUGCUGCCCUUUGUUCAGAAGAUGGCCGCCACCUGGCCAUUAUGCCUCACCCGGAGCGGUGUUUUCUGCCCUGGCAAUGCCCCUGGAUGCCUGUAGAACAUAGACAGUCUCUUGAUGUAUCACCGUGGAUGAAAAUGUUCCAGAAUGCAUUUGAUUGGAGUGUACAAGUCAUUAAUGAAUCAGCUGAGAUAUAAACUUUAAUUAGAGUUUAAUUGUUAAAAAAAAUAAUACAAAACAAAAAUUCUUGGUUGUUAGUUAACAUUUUAAUGUACUAUGUUCCUGGCUGUGUCAACAAUGUUCAAGCAGUGAAGAUGUGUUUACAAACAAAACAUUUUCUAAGAUCUACUAACUAUUUUGUUAUACAUGUAUGUUUUUGCAUGAUGAACAAUUCUAUAUGUGUAAAGCAAAUGCCAUUUUUUGAGAGCUUUUGCUGAUAUCAUUGAUCUCAUUUCUUGUUAAUACUCGUUCUUUAUUUUCAAUUUGAUGAAAUUUGUUCUUGACAUUUUGGUACUUACUUAUUGUUUUCCAAUUUUGUUUCCGCUGUUAUUCUACAAACACAUUCUUCCAGAUGUAACUCUUUCGUUUACAUAAUAUUAGUAUUAUGUUACAUAAAAUAAUUAUAUAAUAUUAAGUUUCAAAAAUAGAACUAUGUUGUUUUCUUAUUGUUAUUUUUCAUGUGGUAUUCUGUCUAUGAUUUUGAAG